AGCGCUAGUGAACAGCGACGCCCCGGACACCAAGCUGUCAGCGGCAAACCAUAGACUCGUCCGUCUCCAGAUCUAGCCCACCUGAACGUGGGGAGUUGAUCAAUGAGAACGGAAGUUGAGCCUUAGGUCAAGGGCGUGCCCCCCAACAACCUUCGAACACUGGAUUUCUGCUGCACAUGCACCUUUCCUUAGUGGCGGAUCCCGGUACAGGUACGGGAUACAGUCGAAUAAAUAACGUCAAUUGCUUGAGUGUUGCAGGUUUCUCCACGCUCUUUCCCUCCCCCACAUCAAAUACCUAGACGAUGUCUAUCAUCGACACUACCAAGGACCUGUCAGCACUCUUCUCGCAGCAGGUCAAAGUCACACCUGAUGCCAUUGCGUUAGAAGACGAGAAGAACACAUAUACAUACCAACAACUCCACGACAAGGUCGCCGAGCUUGCUCUACAGCUCCGCGGUCAUGGCGUGGGCCGUGACAGUUUAGUCGGUGUGCUACUACCGCGCUCCGCUGACUAUGUUAUCGCAUGUCUGGCUGCGCUACGAGCGGGUGGAGCCUUCUUGGUGCUCGAAUUAGCAUAUCCGCCAGAUCUGCUUGCAGAUGUGCUGGAGGAUGCACGUCCCACGGCGGUGGUCACCAUCAGCGCUGAAGUCGGAAAGAUCUCAUCAGGAACAACGCUGGUGGUGCUGGAUGAGCAAGAUUCGAAGUCAAACGGCCACGUGGACGAGUCAGAAUUGCCGCCCCUGCCAGAAGAGACCGACUUGGACCGAUUAUGUUUCGUUGCCUAUUCCAGCGGCACGACUGGCAAGCCCAAGGGCAUUGCCAACCCACACAAAGCGGCCGUACUCUCAUACAACCUCAGAUUUGGCUUUUCAGAUAUCCAGCCUGGAGAUCGAGUAGCCUGCAACGUGUUCUUUGUAUGGGAGAUCAUAAGACCACUGUUGCGGGGAGCAACAGUUAUUGCUGUACCUGACGAGGCCAGCUAUGACCCCCGAAUGCUCGUUGAUCUUCUCAGCACAAAGAAGGUCACUGAGACACUCUUCACGCCUACUUUGUUCGCCGCUGUACUGGCCCGUCACCAAGCGCUGGAGACACGCCUUCCUAAUUUGAAGACUGUAUGGCUCAACGGUGAGGUAGUGACCACCGACCUUGCAAGGCGAGGAAUCAAGGCUCUGCCAAACACCCGUCUCCUCAAUGUCUACAGCGCCUGCGAAACACACGAAAUUGCUUGUGGCGACAUCAAGGAGAUGCUUGGGCAGAUCGAAAAGGACGCUCCGUACUGUCCAGUCGGCCCGCCUAUCAUCGACAAGAAGUAUGUCUACAUUCUCAACGAGAGUGGCCAGAAGGUGGAUGAAGGAGAGAACGGCGAGCUUUUCAUCGGCGGUCACCUGCUUGCGCGUGGAUACCUCAACCUUCCAGAGGUCACUGCUAAGGCCUUCACACCGAACCCAUUCAGCUCACAGAAGGGUGCCCGGAUGUACAGGACCGGAGACAAGGCCAGAAUACUACCAAGCGGGUUACUCGAGAUUACUGGUCGUGUUGGCGCGAUGAUCAAAAUCCGUGGAUACUCGGUCGUUCCUGGCAAGGUCGAGAGCGAAAUUCGCAACCACCUAGCUGUCAGUCACUGCGCUGUCAUUGCUUACGGUGAUGGUAUUGAUAGGCAACUCGUUGCGUACAUCGUCCGCGACAAGGAGUCAUCAGAAGAGCGCCCUGUAGUCGAGAUUGAUAAGGCAGGACGCAGCUCAACUGCGCGACGCAUGCUGCAGGCGUACCUUGCCCACUAUAUGCUACCUGCUCUCUGGGUCGAAUUGGAGACAUUGCCUACCAACGAUGUUUCUGGUAAGGUGAAUGUCAAGGCUCUCCCUCCACCAAGGUCAAGUUCGCCAACCGGAAGCGCUCGCAAGUACGAGCAAAGUCCUAUCUCUAUCGAGCAGAUCACAACAAUCUGGGCGUCAAUCCUCAACAUCGAUGCUAACUCCAUCACGCCGGAGUACAACUUUUUCGAUCUCGGAGGCCACUCACUUCUGCUUGCUGAUCUUGCGGCACGUCUGUCGAACACUUUCGGUUUCCGAGUUCCAGUUGCGCGUCUUGCGACACCAGCAACCCUCAACGGCCACCUCGAUACCGUCCGGAAGAUCCGAGAUGGCAACACCGCCGAGAUUCAGGAGAACCUACCUGCCGUUCUCAAGGCCGAUUCUGUUUUGGACAAAGAUAUUCAGCCUAAGGAGGCCAAGUUUGUCGCACUCAAGGAUGCUAAGACAGUACUGCUGACUGGUGUUACUGGUUUCCUUGGUGCUUUCCUCCUUAAAGAUCUGCUUGAGCACACAUCUGCUACCAUUAUCUGUAUGGUUCGAUUUGCCGAUGCUUCGCAGGAUGACGUUCCAGCUGCCAUAGCAAGGAUCCGAAGCAAUCUCCUUGACUUUGGCUUGUGGAGUGAUUCCAUCAUGGAACGUGUCGAAAUCCUGCCAGGUAACUUGUCCAGAAAGCGAUUCGGUCUACCACCAGGCACCUUCCAGAAGCUCGCUGAUCGACUCGAUGUCAUCAUUCACGCUGCUGCCACUGUUAACUUAGUGUACCCAUACGCUGCGUUGCAGAAGCCCAACGUUGGUGGUACAAGGGAAAUUCUUCGCCUCGCCAGCGCCGGUGGUGUCACAGUCCAAUAUGUCUCCACAAACGGUGUCCUUCCUCCGGCGAAGGGCCGCGGGGGAUGGUCCGAGGACAGCAUGCUUGGUGUAGAAGACGUUCCUACCAAGCUUGCAGACGGUUAUGGUCAGACUAAGUGGGUCGCUGAGCAGCUUGCUCUGGAGGCACAGAAGCGCGGCCUGCCAUUGAAGAUCCACCGUCUCGGUACCAUCAGUGGACACAGCGAGACCGGUGCUGCUAACGCCUGGGAUUUGUUGACAGCGUUGAUCGUUGAGUCAAUCAGAAUCGGCCACUACCCAGACGUCAAGGGCUGGCGCGCUGAGAUGACACCUGUCGACUUCGUCAGCAAAGCCAUCCUUCACCUCAGUGAUCAAAUCGAGACCGAUCAGACCAUCUUCCACAUCGGUGACCCAGAUCCAGUCGACAUCAGCCAGGUCUUCGAGGAUGUCGAGAAGCUCGGCUAUCCCACCAAGUCCCUAGCUUUCGAUAAAUGGGUCGCUCUAUGGGACGAGAAGCGUGGAUCCGCCAAGGGUGGUGUUGGUGCUUUCACCGUCGACAUUCUCCGCAGCGGUAUGCCAAGCAUAGAGUUCCUUCGGGAUGUUGUCGUCCUCGACAACGCAAAGACACGACCACUUCGUUCGGCAGUCGAGCGUCCGAAGGUCGACGAGGCACUUCUCGAGACCUACACACGACACUGGUACGCACGUGGUUGGCUAGCGCAACCGCCUCAGAGCCAGAAUGCUGUAGGUGGAGCCGCCCGAACACUCCCACGCCGAGGACCCCUCUACGGCAAGGUUGCCAUCGUCAUGGGCGCAUCUUCAGGCAUCGGUGCCGCCACCGCCGCAGCACUCACAAGAGAAGGCUGCCACGUCGCUCUUGCCGCGCGCCGCAUCGAUGCUCUCGAGAGCCUCAAGAAGCGCCUCACCAUCCGCGAGGGCAAGAUAAUUACCCAAAAGACCGACGUCACCGACAAGGCUCAAGUCGAAGCCCUUGUCGCCGCCGCAGAGAAGCAGCUCGGCCCCGUCGAUAUCUUCGUCAAUGUCUCGGGUGUCAUGUACUUCACCAUGAUGGCGAACGCACUCACAGACCAGUGGAAUCAGACCGUCGAUGUCAACUGCAAGGGUAUUUGCAACACCAUCGCCGCCGUCGUACCCUCGAUGCUCAAGCGCGGCAAGGGCCACUUCGUCGCCAUCUCCUCGGACGCUGGCCGCAAAGUAUUCCCCGGCCUAGGUGUAUACUCAGCAUCCAAGUUCUUCGUCGAGGCAACAUUGCAGGCUCUGCGUGUUGAGACUGCUGGCACUGGCUUGAGGGUUACGAGCGUGCAGCCGGGUAAUGUUGCGACGGAUUUGCUGGGCAUGAGUACGGAUAAGGAGGCGCUGAAGAAGUAUGGUGAGCCGAGCGGUGCGAAGGUUCUAGAUCCGGAGGAUGUGGCGGGCAGUAUUGUGUAUGCGCUGAAGCAGCCGGAGCAUGUUGCUGUUAAUGAGGUUAUGAUCGAGCCGAGGGAUGAGCCAAUCUAGACGAGGAUGACAGGAUAUAGAGUAGUCAAAGCAUGUACCACAAUAGUCAUGUC